AUGAAGUUCAGGUUUCGUAAUUUUGGACACCGUUCUGAAGAUUCGGGCCAGCUGAAGGCAGAUCCCGAGAAGGUACUCCAUAAACGACGUGCACAAGUUCGAAAGGCACAAAGGACCCACCGCGAGCGCAAAGAAGCUUACACCAAAGCUCUGGAAGCUGAGGUUCUCCAGCUGCGAAGCAACGAGGCAAAUCUGCUCCGAGAGACCAAAACUCUAUAUGAAGAAAUCAGAAGGCUAAACGACGUGUUGCGAGUGAACGGGAUUGAGCCGACAUCAACCCAAAGCCAUGCCACGCUCAAGCCGCCAGAACUCGAAUCCACAGUCUCCAUCGAGACUUACAACACCCAGAAACAGCUCGUCAUCCGGAGCCCGGUCGCUGAUCCGCAGAGAAAGGACCGUGCUCUGCUACCACGGAGAGCGGCCAGCUACGCACUGCACAAAGGGCAGCUUGCGGGAACUGGCGUCCGUAGAAUCCAAAGGAUAGAUUACCAUAAACCUUGGAGAGAUACGAUGCUUCCGGCCAACACCGGCAGCAGCCCAGUCGACCCUGGACCUAUCUCGAAGUGCAUGAGGGACCAGGACGCAACAAACAUCGGAGUCGAGUUCAUAUUGACGUGA